UUGGUUUACGGCAGCAGCACUUUUCCAUGGAAAUGUGGCCAGAGGGCUAUUCCUUCUGAUAAAUACGUAAAUGCCGAGCACACUGUUCCACAAUCCUUCUUUAAUUCGAAGACCCCAAUGGUUUCAGACCUUCAUCAUCUUUUCUCUGCUCCGAAGACACUCAAUGGAGCAAGAUCAAACUACAAAUUUGACGAAUUCCCAUAUUCUGAAUGCAUCAAAUUCUGCAAGGAUAAUGAGUGCCAAACAACAGCUCCAUCAAAUCCAGACCAAUACUCCUGCUUACACAAGUCAAAGAAGAAGUGGAUGCCAGUCAAGAAAGACCGUGGACAGGUUGUCAGAGCUAUCUUUUACUUCUUCACAGUUUAUGGUGAAAAGUAUUGCAAGCUCAGUGAUCUCGGCGAUUUGAGCACAUUAAAGAGCUGGAAUCAGAAUUAUCCUCCGUCAGAUUUCGAAAUUUUACGAAAUAAUAUUGUUAAUCAAACACAAGGAAACAUAAAUCCUUACAUUGAUGAUUAUUCUCUUGUUAAUCAAGCUUUCUAA